GGAGGCCGUGGAUACGGAGCUGAGGCUGGCCGCCGCCUGAGAUGGAGACCCACUCGAAUGAUUGCCAGUGACCCUUCAAAAAGCUAUUUCAGUUCAGUUUGAAGCAUUGUUUCUCAUUUUCAGAUGGUAAAAGUGGCUUUUGAGAGAUUUCUGCUUUUCUGCCUGACUCGGAACUAUUGAAAAGCAAAAGGUAGAAGCAGCUGUAGUAAAUUUCCAGUAUUGAGAACAUUAUUGCAAAAUCGAACUUCUUCCUGCAUCCUUUUUAAUAAAGAAGACUUUUCAACUCAACUUUGAAGUAGCUUUUGAAGAUUAAUGCGGUUUUUCUUGAUGUGGAGACAUACAUUAUUUGGAGGGUCUUAGUGCAGUCUGUAGGGCAGUCGGAGAAGGAGAUAACCUUCACAUUUGGCAUAUUUUCACUUAUUUAAAACCAGAAGGAAAAUCAGACAUUUGGUGUUGUGCACUAAACUGGGAAAAAGGAUCUGCAGCAGAUUUAGACCCUUAAGUCUCCUCUAACAUUUUAUCCGACUCAAAGAGGGGAUGAAGCCAAGAGCAGAGAUGACGCUGAGGAGUUCUCGAGAGCGUUUUGGGUACAGACAAAUGCAGCAAGGCAGGAAAAGAUACGUUGUUGCUGCCAGUGAGACUAACAUUCCUCUUCUCCUGCUGCAAGACAAAAUACUUCAGAGAAGAGUAAAAAGGAUGAUUAUGGAGUAACUUCCUAACCUUAUUCAUGUAGUAGCUGACCGAUGCACUGAUAGGUUCUCCCUUACCAUAUGAAAUAAAAGAGUAUGAUAUCCCCAGGUUUUUGACAGAAAGAGAGACACAUAAAGGAUAUUUGAAACAUAUCAGUUUGUAUCCUUUCAAAACAAAUACAAGUGUGUAUACGAGCAUUUUGUCUUUGUUGCAUCUCUUGCAACAUUCAGAUUUAGUUUUGUGGGAACUCUUUCAGUGGGGCUCCAAGACGUUUAAAACUUUUGGUUUAUCUGCAUUUUUCUGAAGAUUUUUUUUUCAAAUAUGUUCAAAUAACCUGAAAACAAAACUGUUUUGUUACAUCUUGACUGAAAAAUCGGAUUCUCCCUGAAGUCACAUGUGGAGCUUCCAUGUCAACUAUCAGGCAAUGCAAAGUUAAAAGCCUGGUGGUUAGAGCAGAAGAGGGUUUGGUAGGUGAGCAAUUCCUGGCUUUCCAGAGCAAUAGAUAUAACAUGCAGUAACUAUUGCUUGUGAAGAAACUGUAAUACAUUGAUUUACUAUCUUAUGACAUUUUUCACUUUAAAAAAAGAAUAAGUAUUAAAAAAAAAAAUCCCAUAUUUUAGUUAACAUUCGACUGUAGUACUUGACUUAGCUGUUAGACUAAAAGGUAAUCCUGGCCAAGCAGUGACAGAAGUCUUAACCAGCAGUUGGGAGUCACUCUGCACCCUGUUACUCAGCUACAGAGCACAUAGGGACAUGCUCAACUUCCACUGAAACUGGGGAGACUUCAACCCUGGCUCCAUGGUUUUGCUGAAUUUGUGUCAUUCUGAUCCUGAUAAAAACAACAGUACUAAGAGACAGCCACACUUUCUGCCCCUUUUUUCUUUCCCUGUUUUUCAGUGAGCUCGGACAUUGCUGAGGACAUCUCUGAUAAAGCUGAGCACGCUUCAGCCAGCAGGAAGAACUGGAAUGACUUACGUUGCAAAGAAGUGUGGCGUCUGCUUUGAGCCUCCAUCCAUUAUCCUGAUCUACAAAGAAGCCAGCAAGGAUAAGACUCGCCAGCGCAUCAUGCCUGUCAGGAAUUUCUCCAAGUUCUCAGACUGCAGCAUGGCUGCUGAGCAGCUGAAGAAUAACUGUCGGCACAAGGCUUACCUGGAAGGAGUCUCACUGUGUCAGCUGCAGAAGCUGUACAGUUUGCUGAAAGGUCAUUUGAGCGGAGAGAGCCUUGCUGAGAGCUUGGAAAAGUUUCAGCAGGAAAAGACCAUUGAUCCAGAAGAGGAUAUGAACAAACUAGAUGACAAGGAGCUAGACAAAAGGAAGAGCAUCAUGGAUGAGCUCUUUGAAAAGAACAGGAAGAAGAAGGAUGACCCUGAUUUCAUCUACGACAUCGAGGUUGAGUUUCCACAGGAUGAGCAGCUGGAAUCCUGUAGCUGGGACGUGGAGUCAGGUGAAGAAAUCUGAUUCUGGACAAAGAUGUGUUGGAUGGGCAGGUCGGAGACAAACCUUGGAGUCCUAACGGAGAACGAUGUCAGUGUACACAGUCACAUUGUUUUCAUCUCAUGCAGUUGAUGCACGUGUCAUUGGCUACAGAGAGCCCAAGGCCUAAGGAGCAAUUCCAGGUUGAAGUGAACUUUGUUUAAGAAGCCAGACUUGAUGAAAUGGAAAUUGGGCAGCUGAACUUGCUGGGUGGUUUUAAUCUUUUCCUAUGUAUAAGUGCCCAAAAUAAUUUUACGUCAUUUAACCUUCCACUUGUUUACAUUUCAGUCAGCUUUGGCUGAAAACCUCAUCACCAGCUUGCCUUGCUGCCAUUUCUAUUCAGCUUUGGCUGAAAAUGAAGUGUUAAAUAUUUAUGUCUUGAAAGCAGUGUUAAAGCUUUAUUGUGCAAGUAUGGUAUUUAUUUCUUGCUGGAAUGUUAAGUGUGUAUUAGUCUUUCUGGAUAAGUCAGCAUUGCAUUCAGAAUAUUACUCUCGCAUUUCCUGAGCAAUGCUUAAAUUUCCAGCUUACACAAAUACAUUUAAGAAAUGGAA